AUUCUCUCUAAUUAUACACAAAGCUUGAACUUCACGCUCUCUCUAUCUCUCUCUCUCCUUCCUGUGUUUUUCACAACUCAGACAGAAAUUACACGCUCCUUCAAAGUUACUGUUACGUCUCCAUAAAGUGAAACCAAAUAUCGAAGAAAGCAAUCAAAAGUUUCAAACCAGCUCCAGUCCCCACAAAUGAGUUUAUUCUCACUCCAACUUCCGCCCACCAAAAUCCCCAUCUCUUUUUAGACGUAAGCCACGUCUCUCUCUCUCUCUCUCUCUCUCUCUCUCUCAGACGAAGACACAAACACCGACCACCAUGUACCUGUCCGAGAAGCCCCGUCCCAUCGAUUUCUACAAGGAGGAAAGCACUCGCGACAUGAUGAUCGAGGUCGUCGCGAAUGGCGACCUCCCACCUCACCACCACCCUCACCCCCACCACCAGCAGAUUAUCCUUGGCGAUAGCAGCGGCGGCGACGAGGACCACGAGGUCGAGGUCAAGGCCCCCAAGAAGCGCGCCGAGACCUGGGUCCAGGACGAGACCCGUAGCCUAAUCGCUCUUCGCCGAGAGAUGGACGGGUUGUUUAAUACCUCUAAGUCUAACAAGCAUUUAUGGGAGCAGAUUUCCUCGAAGAUGAGGGAAAAGGGUUUCGAUCGUUCCCCAACAAUGUGCACCGAUAAGUGGAGGAACUUGCUUAAGGAAUUCAAGAAGGCUAAGCAUCAAGAUAGGGGGAGUGGGUCGGCCAAGAUGUCGUAUUACAAGGAAAUUGAGGAGAUUUUGAGAGAGAGAAGUAAGAAUGCGCAGUACAAGAGCCCCACGCCGCCUAAAGUUGAUACCUAUAUGCAAUUCUCGGAUAAAGGGAUUGAGGAUGCCAGCAUUUCUUUUGGACCUGUGGAAGAGAACUGGAGUAUCCUUUUCGAGGGAAGUAAAGCAAGUUGAGAAAUGUUAGUGAAGAGGACAACAGAUAUGGGCAGAAAUGAUUUAUUGGGGGUGUCACUAUGGAAGCCUUUUAUAGACUUGUGCAGUUUGUGAGUAAGACAUGAUCUCUGUAUAGGAUAUAGCAGUGCAAUGCCAACCCAUGGUACACUGUAUUUUAUGUCUCCGUUGUCUAUCCUCUGCAAAUACUGAACAAUUUUGCUAAAACAUUUAUUAGAGCAUACUUAGAAAUGUAUUUAUGAAAGAUCUCUUGGUUCUUUUCUCUCUUUUGGGAACAUCCUAUUACACAAUAAACUUAGUGUUAAAGGAAACGAAGAAGAAUCAUAAAAAAAAUUGCAUUAAUUGCGCCUACCAUGGACUAGGCUAACUAGGGGAAUGGAGGUUGCAAGUGAGUAGAUAUUUUAAUCCUCUCUUUGCAUAUGUUUUUUUGGCCUAUUCCACUUCAGUAAUCCAAAAAACAGUCCAUGAAGGUCCAUAGAGAGGAAACUGGGUUGAGAACUCUCGUGCAUUUUUCGGAGUUUCACCUUGUCUUUUGAUAAUUCCCUAUUUAUAUCAUGUGUGGAUCAUGCAAGCUGAGACCUGAAGAAUUUGAAUCAAGGCAGUCAUCUGAAUUAUCUGUAUCUCUGGUUCAUGUGUUAGAUUCUGUUCGGACAAUCUUGUUUCUGUGCGUCCUUAUCAAUAUUUGUACCCCAUAACUAAGGUUUCUUUAUUAACUUUGAUAAAUUCAUUUGUAUUUUAUUCUUUUUCCUGUUAUGGAACUUUUAUAUCUUGUGAUUCCUUAAUCUUGUUAACUGUUUAUCUCA